AGAACUACUCAAACUACUGUAGGUGUACUAUGUGGCUAUGCAUUACAUUACAGAGGAUACGAAGAGCAACAUGUACAAGAUGGUCAGCAGAAGCCUUGAACCUGAGCCAGCACACGUUUGUGGACCCCGCUGCCUGGGCCCCUUGACCUUCCAUAGGGAGGCGGUGGGGGCUUUGGUGAGCCUGAGCCAGGGAGCUAGACGGGCAGACAGGACUAGGGACACCUUCAGACAUGGCCUGGUGUUCAGCAGCCGCCCAGUACAGCCCCAGGAGAGGGUGUGUCUGCGAGUGGAGCGGUGUGGGCUGAACUGGUGUGGAGCCAUGCGUAUAGGCUUCACCACUGUACCUCCAACUGCCAGAGACUUGCCCUCCUUGGCCAUCCCAGACCUCACAGACACCCCUGGUCACUGGGCCGCUCCUGUGCCUGAGAUGUGCUGCCUGGCAGGCUCAGAGCUGGAGUUCUGGGUCUCCUAUGGCGGUACAUUGUAUUUCAGGAAUGCCAACGGCCGACAACACAAACUGCUGGAGGGAGUAGACCUCAGCUGGCCCCUGUGGGCCAUGAUUGAUGUGUAUGGGCAGACCUGCUCUGUGCUCUUACUGGGUUCGGAGAAGAAAUACUUUUUGUGUAAUCGAAAAUCCUGUCCUGCUCCUCAACGGCAUUCCUCCUGUUCUGCUCAUCAGAGACAUGCCUCGCUCAACGUAGACAAAUAUGUGAAUGUGAAGCAAAUUUGUGAUGACAGCCAUGACAGAUAUCCUCUUCCAUGUCCAGCCAGUAAGCAGACAUCAAACUGUGAGAGUGUAGAGGACUGCGCAGUGUGUAUGAGCCAGAAGGCCUGUAUCAGCCUGCGGUGUGGCCACCAGUGCCUGUGUCUCCAGUGUGCCACCAGAGUGAUCCAAGAGUUUGGAACCUGCCCUCUGUGUCGCCAGAACAUCAAGAACUAAACGCCUGCAGGCACAGACCAUCACAUGACAAACUGAUAUGAUGAUAUGAUCAAAUGCUGUUGAGGUACAACCACAAUAAGACUGAGAAGAGGAAGAAAUGAAAAUGCACAAUCUACUGAAAAGAUAAUGAAUGUGACCUGCCAGAUAUGCUGCUAUUGGCAUAGAUUGCACAAAAAGACUUGAAUGUGUAAAGCUAUAUUUUUUGUACAUGUACUUUACUUGACUGUGGUCUAUUACUAUAAGAGUGACUUCCUGUGCUGAUAACUAUUCUGUUUGAUAUAUAACUGUUUUAGGACCAUAUAUCAAUCGCUGCCUUUUACCCAUACUGUCUACUUUUUGUAUCUGUUAUUUAAUGUUGUCUGUUGUAGAAAGAUAUAUGUGUUUUUAUAUGUGUAAUAAAAUCCAUGAACAUAA